AAUAAGAAUAAGCCUUUACUUAAUUAUCUCUUUAUUUUUCUCUCCCUUCCUUCUUCGUACCCCCUCUGCCAAAGCAAACCCUAGGCAGUUAGGGUUUCGGCCACAACCCUAGCGGCCCUCUGCCGGAAACCACCGUAUCAACUGGUGCUUUCAUUCCUGAACUCAUGACAACUCCACAACCCACGCCAGAGACGGCCAAACCCCCCCUCACGAUGGACGAUUUGAUGCAGGCUAUUACCAACCUCGGCAACGAACUACAAGCAACGAAGAUCCAUGUCGCACAACUCUCUGCCGGGGCUCGUCAGUUUGGUUGUGAUGCACGACGUCCCGAACGCCCUCCUACUGCGGGUUGGCGCCCUCCCCCAUCGCGCACCGGUCCACCCCCAAACGACCCGGUGCCGCGCAUGCGCGUGGAUGCACCCCGUUUUGGCGGAGAAGAUCCUACGGGCUGGAUUUUCCGCGUACAAAAAUACUUCGACUACUUCCUUACUUCAGACGCCGAACGUAUGCAACUGGUUCCCAUGCUGAUUGAUCACCCUGCCUCGGAGUGGCUGCGUUACUACCAGGCCAAUAACUGUGGCGCAAGUUGGGAGGAUUUUUUGGUGGCGGUCCAGCAGCGUUUUGACCCUGAUUAUUACGAGAACUACGUGGGAUUAUUAUCUAAAUUGCAGCAAACUACGACCGUCAUGGACUACCAGUCCGCCUUUGAAGCUCUCUUGAAUAAGGUCUCGGGGGUCCCAGAACCGACGUUGGUCGCCAUGUAUGUGGCGGGUCUUAAACAACCCACCCAACGCGAGGUUAACCUUCGCAACCCUAGCUCGUUGCAGGCCACAUUUGCAUUAGCCCGUGAGUUAGCAGCAUGCCACCAGGAGCAAGCCACCACGUCGUACUCGAGUUCGCGUCGCGGGUGGCAACCACGGCUGUCUCUACCUUCGUCGUCCAGUAGCGUGUCUCCCGUGCAACACACUGUACGACCCAGCUUUCCAUCCACCAAACCUCCUGAGCGUGCUACUCCACCGAACCUCCCCGUCGUCCGCCUUAGUGCAGCAGAAAAAGCGGAGCGUUCUAAAAAAGGCCUCUGUUGGUAUUGUGAUGACAAAUGGAUCCCUGGCCAUAGUUGCAAACACCGAUUUCUUGUCUAUAUGGGCCCUGACGAUGAUGAUGUUUCACCGUCCGGGUUGGUACCCACUUCGGGGGAUCCUUCAGACGAAUCUCUUAUCACGGCAGAUGUCUCCAGCAUAUUAUCUCUAGCCGGCAACCCGAGCCCUCGCUCCCUAAAACUGGCCGGCCUCAUCCGCGGCAACGCCGUGCAGGUUCUCUUGGAUAGUGGCAGCACUCAUAACUUCAUCCAUCCCGACGUUGCUCAGCGUUUGGCCUUGGUGCUUCACCCGGCAGCCCCUUUUCGCGUAUAUGUCGGCAACGGCGAUUCCUUGCGGUGUUCGUAUUCUUGCCCAGCCGAUGCUUUAUCUCGUAGGGAAGAAGACGACCCAGUGGUGCUACUGAUGACCUACGCCCAGCCUAUGCCACUGGUCAUGAAUCAGAUUCGGGAAGAAAACACUACACUGGCCGAUUUGCAGCAGCUACAUUCCGCCGUCCAGUCCGGUGCAGCUCCCCCGAACAUCUCCGUCCAUGAUGGUCUUCUUUAUUACAAACACCGCAUCUAUAUCAGCGCGACCUCCCCAUCGCGAACGCCGAUAUUGGAGGAAUUUCACAGCACACUGCUGGGCGGACACCAGGGCGUGGAGCGCACAUUUCGGCGUGUGGCAGGGGUGUUCUACUGGCCUAAUCUGCGCAGGGAUGUCCGCACCUUUGUCGCCUCCUGUACGGUGUGUCAAGCUACGAACUUCAACAGCAGCAUCAACAUGGCUCCGUUUCGUGCGUUAUACGGGCGCGAACCCCUGGCAUUAUUUCCAACCCUCUCCGUUCAAUCUCGGGUGCCGGCUAUUGAGGAGUUACUUACGGAACGGGCUGAUCUCUUACGGGAUUUGCGGGAUCACUUGCACAAAAUGCAACAACGUAUGCGUGACCAAGCAAAUAGCCAUCGUCGGGAUGUCACCUUCAACGUCGGGGACUGGGUCUUACUCUGGCUACAGCCGUACCGCCAGCACUCGGUGGCCAAGCCGCUGUCUGCCAAGUUGGCACGCCGGUAUUACGGCCCGUUUGAAGUCUUGGAACGUGUUGGAGCCGUAGCCUAUCGCUUGCGCCUCCCUGCCGAGUGCCGCAUUCAUGACGUUUUCCACGUCUCCCUGCUUCGGCCCUUCGUGCGCCGUGGGACAGAGACACCACCCAUGGCACUGCCGACUGAAUUUUUAAAAGGCCGACCCGUCUCGGUUCUGGUGGCCGCAGAACAACAACGCACGAUAUUGGUGGAGGGUCAACCCCAGGAGCAAUGGUUAGUCCGAUGGUCGGAUGGUACAUCGGCGGACAUGACAUGGGAACCGGUGCAGGAGCUGCAACGCCGCUUCCCAACCCUUCGCCUUGAGGACAAGGCCGACUCCGACCCCGGGGGAGUUGAUACGAGUGAACAAGAGGACGGACCGAUGGAUCAGGAUAACACGCGGGUAACAACGGCGUCAGUUCGACCGCGGAGGACGGUGGUACCUCUCCGAAGAUAUCAAGACUAUGUUUAGCAUUUAUAACUAUUUUAUCGCAACUUAAUUUCUCCCUAUUUUAAUGUACUCUAGAUUUUAUUAGGUGAGCGGAAAUAUAAGCUCCUUCAAGGG